CCUGUCUCAGGUGUAUACCGGUAUAAACAAUUUGUCUAUUGAGAAGCAUGGAGGACGAAGUAGACACAACCCUCCACUGGGGAGAUAUAUUAGUUGUUAUUGGAUAUUUUGUUGCAGUUAUUGCUGUCGGUAUAUUGUCAUCAUGUCGGAACCGAGGAAGUGUAAAGGGAUAUUUCUUAGCCGGACGAUCUAUGCAUUGGAUACCGGUUGGUGCCUCAUUAUUUGCUAGUAACAUCGGUAGUGGCCAUUUUGUUGGUUUGGCAGGUUCCGGUGCUGCAAGCGGUAUAGGUAUUGCAGUGUUCGAAUUAAAUGCAAUAUUUAUUUUAAUGGUUCUAGGAUGGUUCUUUGUACCUGUUUACACAGCAGCUGGGGUUUUUACAAUGCCAGAAUAUUUGAAGAAAAGAUUUGGAGGACAAAGAAUCAGAGUGUACCUCUCUGUUUUAGCGCUGUUGCUAUAUGUCUUUACAAAGCUCUCGGCAGAUUUAUUUUCUGGGGCCAUUUUUAUAACACAAUCGUUUAAGGAUUUGAAUCUCUAUGUUGCUGUUAUCAUUUUACUUGCAAUCUCUGCUGUUUUUACAAUAGCUGGUGGAUUGACGGCUGUAAUAUGGACAGACUUCAUUCAAGUUAUCAUUAUGAUCAUUGGAGCUUUCAUUAUGAUGAUUUUGAGUUUUAUUGAGGUUGGUGGUUACGAAGCCAUGAUACAGAAGUAUUUCGCCUCCUUUCCGGACACUACGAUAUAUAACAUGGGAAAUUCUAGUUAUAAAUAUGCUAAAUGUGGAAUACCACCGGAUAACGCCAUGCAUUUGAUUCGAUCUGCUGAUGAUGGCAGUUUACCAUGGCCAGGAAUAUUUUUUGGUUUGACAAUAUCUGCUGUCUGGUAUUGGUGUUCUGAUCAAGUGAUAGUACAGAGAGCCUUAGCUGCAAAGAACUUAUCACAUGCAAAAGCUGGUACAAUUUUAGCUGGUUAUCUGAAGUUUUUGCCUCUUUGGAUAAUGGUUUUUCCUGGCAUGAUUUCAAGAAUUUUGUACAGAGAUUCUGUUGGUUGUGCUGAUCCAGAUGUAUGUGAAGAGGCAUGUGGCUCUAGAGCUGGGUGCAGUAACAUUGCAUUCCCUAAAUUAGUGUUAGGGAUCAUGCCUACUGGAUUGAAAGGUCUUAUGUUAGCUGUGAUGAUGUCUGCCUUGAUCUCAUCACUGACGUCCAUAUUUAACAGCAGUAGUACUCUUUUUACUAUUGACAUAUGGUUAAGGAUCCGUAAGAAGGCAUCAGAUGUAGAACUUAUGAUUGUUGGAAGAUGUUGUGUAUUGAUCUUGGUAGUCGUUUCAAUUGUAUGGAUUCCAAUUAUUCAGAAUAUCUCAGAACUUUUCCAUUAUAUUCAGGCAAUAACAAGCUUUUUAGCGCCACCAGUAUGUGCGAUUUACGUUCUAGCUGUCUUCUGGAAAAGGACAAACGAACAGGGUGCAUUUUGGGGACUAAUGAUAGGAUUAGUAGUUGGAUUAACUCGAUUCAUUUGGGAAUAUGCAUACACUGUCCCGCCAUGUGGCGAAGAAGAAGACGAUAAUAGACCGGACAUUAUCAGCAAAGUUCAUUACCUUCACUUCGGUAUUAUUCUCUUUGGAAUUUGCUUUAUAGCAACAAUUGUGAUCAGUCUGCUCACUAAACCUAUUCCAGAUAAACACCUUCAUCGCCUGACAUUUUGGAAUCGAUAUAGUACAGAAGAAAGAGAAGAUUUGGAUGUUGAACCAGAUAGGUCGAGUCACCAUGAAUCUAAACUGGAUCAAUUUGCGGAAGAAGAUUUUGAUUCGCUGCCUUGUUACACGAGGGCUUUCAGAUGGAUAUGUGGAAUUGAAAAAAUGGAACAAGAACCACAUGUAUCCGAAGAAGAAAAGAAAGCUUUAGAAGCUAAGCAAAACUCUAUCCAUGAAACAAAGACAUGGAGAUAUAUUCUAAAUAUAAACGCUGUUGUGUUGAUGACACUGGCAAUAUUUUUAUGGGGAUUCUAUGCAUGAAUGAUUACAUUAAAUACGACCAAUGGAAUAUAUAAUAUACUGUAAAAAUGUUAUCAAAUGUAACAAGUGUCCAGUGUCACAUAUCUAACAUUGGAAAUAUCGUGGACAUAAAUAUUGAAUCGAGAGUAAAUAGAGAAAAAUAUGUAUACAUUAAAGAACCUGGGGCUCUUUUCACAAAAAAUCUUACGAGUAAAAAUAGUCGUAAGUCAUGAACAUUUCAGUAUAACUUACGAUAAAUUUUAAUCGUAAGAUUUUUUGUGAAAAGAGUCGCUGCUAUAUGGAUAAAACUUAAGAAUUGUAUUCAGUAGAUUUUACACCAAUCCAAAUGCUAUACCUACAACAUUUUUUCAUAUACUUUUUAACCAACAUUUUAAAAUAGACGCCAAUUCAAGUACAUGUUUAUUAUAAGUUCUAUUGAUUUUUUGUGUUAAAGAAUCAGGAAAUCAGGAAAACCUUUUCAGACAGUAAGUUGGUCAAACGGCGCAAACAGGAUGUCAGUUAUAGUCAAAUACCGGAACUUAGAAUUAAUGCAUUGACUUUCAAUCUUACUACUUGCAUUGGCAGACUUGACGUUCCUAAUCACAUUUCAUGGUAAACAAUAAUGUCCAUAAUGUUGUUCAAUCCAAAAAAAUACAAUUGCAUUACACGUUCGUGUCCCUAUCAAAACUUUCCAAAAUAUGGUUAUUCAUUAUUAGCCUUCAUUUUAAAUUAUAUCUGCACUUGAUAUAGUUGAAAUCAAAAUACGUUAGUGUCCAUAUCCCAGCCAUUGUAUGUAGUUUGACGUUUUUAUGACUAUAUUUUGUAAACAAGUAUAGAUUCAAGCAAGUUGUCCUUUGUCUCAUCUUUUAUAAUGGCAAUGCUAUAUAAUAUAUAUUUUUAUAAAUGAACAAAACACAAUUGUAUAUAUUUUGUACCAUGUACCUUUUUUUUAAAUAAACGGAUAAAAAGAU